CCUUGGAGCGCGUUCAAAGCAGGAACUUAUUUCAAUUGAAAGAGUUAGAAAGACAAAAUGGAGCUCAUCACAGCUUUGCUUGUUGGUAGUUUAUGUGUUCUAUUGUAUUUCGCUUUAUCCGGAAAAAAAGGUAAGAUACUACCAGGGCCGUAUGGUUUUCCCCUCGUUGGUUAUAUUCCUUUUAUGAGCUCUAAACCUUAUGUGGAUCUUCAGAAGCUUGGCGAAACUUAUGGCAGUGUUUUCAGUUUGCAGUUAGGAACCCAAUACUGUGUUAUUUUGGACGACUACCAAUCAACUAAAGAUGCUUUCGCUCAAGAUGCCUUUAUGGGAAGACCACCAGAAAAUCCAUUUGAUCUUAGAAAAGCAACUUUGGAAACGGGAGCAUUUAACGGUCUUCCUUGGAAAGAACAAAGAAGGUUUUCACUUCAGAUGCUGAGAGAUCUUGGAUUCGGAAAACCUCGUCUGGAAGACAUGAUAAAGGAAGAGAUCCACGACUGUCUCGAUCACUUCGCCAAAUUCAACGGACAGCCCAUGAAAGUACGGACUGUGUUGUCUCCCAGUAUGUCUAACAACAUCGCUUCUCUAGUGUUCGGCAAAAGACUGAAAUACGAUGACCCAGUUCGAAAGAUGCUGGACAGAACUCUCACAGAGUCGGCUGCCGCUGCCGGACAAGUGAUUUGGCAGUUAUUCUUCCCCAAGAUCGCAAAAAUAGCAAAAUUCUUGAAUCUCGGAUCUGAAGGGAAGAUAGCCAAAACGUUAAAGGAAUCGAGAGAUCAUACCCGAAAAGAAAUUGCAGAGCACGAAAAAACAUUGGAUCCAAAUAACCCACGAGAUUAUAUUGAUGGCUAUUUGAUUGAAAUAAAAAAGCGAAAUGAUCCAGCAUUUUGCAAGGAAGUCCUUGAAGAUAUGGUCGGGGCUUUCUUCGGUGCAGGCAGUGAAACAGUUCGUCUCACACUGGAGUGGCUUGUCCUUACCACGGCUACUUACCAAGAUGUCCAGAAGAAGGUCCAGCAGGAGAUCGAUGACGUGAUUGGAACUGAAAGAUUGCCAUCUUGGACCGACCACAGCAAAAUGCCCUACACCGAAGCGACCAUCAUGGAGAUAAUGCGGUGGCGAACCAUCAUUCCCAUCAAUGUCCUCAGAUACACUCUUUGGGACACAGAACUGAACGGGUUCUUUAUUCCGAAAGAUGCAUAUGUUUUGGCUAAUCUGUGGUCUAUUCAUCACAAUCCAAAGUAUUGGGGAAAAGAUGUAGACGUGUUUCGACCUGAAAGAUUCUUGACAGAAGAUGGAAACGAAGUGGUCAGGCCAGAGUACUUUAUUCCGUUUUCAGUCGGCAAAAGGUCGUGUCCAGGUGAAUCUUACGCCAAAAUUGAAGUUUUCCUAUAUUUCACUUCGAUUCUACAAAAGUUCCAUAUUUCUUUGCUCGAAGGAGCAAAGCCCGAUUUUGAUGGACAACUCGGUAUUGGAUUGAUGCCCAAACCUUUUGAGGUGUGCUUGACAAAAAGAUUUUAGUGGUCUUUAACAUAUGUACAUAAAAAAUACAGAAUUUUCUGAGAGAAGGUUUUUUGUGAUAAAAUAAUACUGUGAUGAGGACUUUCUAAAUAUCCAAUCAAAUCAUUUCAUUUGUUUCAAUUCUGUAAAUUUUUCCCACUUGGAACAUGAAAAUAAAUUUGAUUUUGUAGAA